AUGCUGAUUCAAAUCAGUCUUCGUGCCCCAAAUGGGCAGUCAAGGAUUCAAAUUGAUGAUCAGUCUACUUUGAAAGAUCUGAUCGAAAUCAUCACCAAAAAGACGGGGCUUAAGGGCUUCUCGCUCAAAUAUGGGUAUCCGCCAAAGGAUUUGGAUAUCACCCCGUCAGCUCUGGAGGAGAGCAUCCAAAAUAUGAAGCUCCGAGGCGAGACAAUUGUGGUUGUCCCCUUGGAGACGAGGCCCUCGUCUCCUGUUAGCCAGCCGGCGCCGAAGUCGCCUAGUCGCCAGCCCGAGACUUUCGCUCCCAAGAGUGUAGAGCCUGAUGAGACCUCGGUUGAGUGGCCAGAACGAGGUGGACACCUCAUUCUCCGGGUUAUGCCGGAUGAUAACAGCUGUUUGUUCACCGCAUUUGGUGGUGCAAUGAAAAUCGACAACCCAUCUAGACGGCUGCGCGAUGAGGUUGCAAAUUAUAUUCUGGAUCAUCCAGUUGAGUACAACAAGGCCAUUCUUGGUGAUCCACCCCUGGUCUACACCAACCGGAUGCGACAGAUGGAUACAUGGGGAGGGGCUAUUGAGCUCUCCGUCCUGUCCAAAAUUUACGGGGUUGAGAUCGCCUCGAUAGACGUAAAGACUCUCCGUGUGGACCGCUUCGGAGAGGGCAACCCCAACCGGGUGAUUCUUGUUUACUCCGGAAUUCAUUAUGACCGCAUUGCCUUCUGCAUAGACUUAAGUCUGCCAGUUGAGUGGGAUGUAACUCAAUGGAGCUCUGAGGACAACGAGGUCAUCGAAAAGGCACGAGGGUUGUGCCAGCGCCUGCAGUCCAUGCACUACUACACGGAUACGACAGACUUCGUUAUCUGCUGCGAGGAGUGCAACUGGAUAGGUCAGGGUGCGAAGGAUGCUCAGAAGCACAUGAACGAGACAAAGCAUGCCUCGUUCAAGGAAAUGAGCAUUCAAUAA